UCAGUUCGACGCCGCUCGCCAAACGCAACGCAUUGGAGGGGAGAGCUUCCCUUUGUUUCGGUUCCGGUCGCUUCGUUAAUCACAACAAUAAAACGCAAAUAAAAAUAUUCUGACGCAGAAAAGGCUAAAACAUAAAAAUAUAUAAACAAACGGAGACAAUUUAAUUGCGGCUUAAUUGUGUGUGUGUAUUCAGUGCGAGCAGCACAAUUACAAAUGCAACUAUAAUUAUUAUUAUUGUUAUUACGACUACGAGUACGAGUUUCGAGUUUGAGUGCUUGACCCGGUCGGAUGCGACGCUAUUUGGGUUAAAAAAGAGUUACAAAUCAUCAAAUUGAAAAUAAUUACGCUGAAAAUAUGCAACAGGCUGACCAAAUCGACAACAGCUAUACGCAACUGUAGAAAGUUUUUAUUGUUAUUAUUUUUAAGACACCAGUCUCCCUUGCUCCUCUCCCCUCGACCAAACCGACAAUCGCCAAAGUCAAAGCCAAAAACCGAAAAAAAUAAACCGAAGCAUCAGCCAACAAUUUUCGCGUGUGAAACAACAACAACAACAGCAAUAACAAAGCGACGAAAAGAAAUUCAAGUUUCAGUGUCUUUCUCAGUGUUAGUGUGAGUGCGUGUGUGUGAGUCAGUGUGUGCAUAACAUACUAAAUUGGCAACGUUUUAACAACUUUGGUUUAAAUAAAUAAAUAAAAUAUAAUGUCUGGUCCACUACCCGAAAUCAGCGAAGAGCAGCGCAAAACAUUGGAACAGUUUCGUCAGCUGAUGUCUGCUGAGCUGAACGAUACCCAUGAUGAUUACUAUUUGUUGCGCUGGCUGCGAGCUCGCAAAUGGAACUUGGAUGCAGCUGAGAAAAUGCUCAGAGCAUGCCUCAAAACGAGAGCCAUGUGGAACGUGGACAACAUUGAGAAGUGGGAGGCGCCACAGGCAUUGCGAGAGUAUCUACCAUAUGGCCUCAUGGGCUACGACAACGAGGGAUCGCCGGUGAUUGUGUGUCCGUUUGCCAACUUCGACAUCUGGGGCAUGAUGCACUGCGUCACACGCUUCGAGUUUCAAAAGUAUUUGGUGCUAUUGCUGGAACGUUUCAUGAAGAAUGCUUAUGAGCAGAGUCAAAAGCAUGGAUGGAAGGCACGUCAGCUCGUCGUCUUCUUCGACUGCGAAGGAUUGAACCUUAAACAGUACGCUUGGAGACCAGCUGCCGAAGUGGUCAUCUCUUCGGUGAAGCAGUAUGAAGCCAAUUUCCCGGAGCUGCUGAAAAUGUGCUACAUUAUCAAUGCACCCAAACUGUUCUCGGUGGCAUUCAACAUUGUGAAGAAGUUCCUCGACGAGAACACUACCAGCAAGAUACAUAUCUACAAAUCAGGGGCAGACAAGUGGAAGCAACAGCUCUUCUCCCACGUGGAUCCAAAAAUCAUUCCCAAGAGCUGGGGCGGUGAACUGGUCGACAAGCUGGGCGAUCCUCAGUGCAAAUCGCUGAUGAUUUGGGGUGGCAAGCUGCCCGAGGAGCUGUACAUUGAUCAGAGCAAUCAGCAGAGUGACAAGGAUUUCACUGAGGCUCAGGUGGCCAAGGGUGACAAACUGAAGCUGCACUUCAAGGUGAAGAGUCAACCGGAGAACGAGCAAUUGCCGCAGCAGCAGAUGCUGUCGUGGAAUUUCCGUACUUUCGACUACGACAUCAAGUUUGGCAUUUACAGCGUGGACGAGAAGACAGGAGAGAAGCGCAGCGAAGUGCCGCUGGGCACAGUUUACUCCAACGAAAUGGACGAAGUCGGUGUCAUCUCGACGCGACCCAACACCAUAUAUACUGUUGUGUUCGACAACUCGGCCAGCUAUUUGCGUAGCAAGAAGCUGCGCUAUUGGGUCGAUCUCAUCUCCGAGGAGGAGGAGGGCAUCAGUGAGCUGACCGCACAAAUGGACAGCACACAGCUGGUGGGCAAGCAAUGAGUGAGCGGAUGCCGUAGCCAAAAACAAAGCCAAAAAUCAGCAGAUUGAAGAGUUAUACCCUAGAAAAUAUAUAAAUACAAACAUGUAGGGUAUGAUGUACCAUAAUCACACAACCAUAUAUACUAACCUCGGUGCAAGUAGUCACAACAGAUACGAAACAGAUACGCUCGGCGUGGAACAAAAACUUUGUGAUAAAUAAUUGAAGUGAAAGCGUUUUACGGUAGUUACCAAUUACAGUUACAGUUUACAGUUAGUUAGUGCUUUAUUAUGUGUAUGUGUGUGUGUGUGUGUCUCUUUACUUUCGAGUGCACUUCUGUACAAUAUAGUUGUUUAUUGUAAUGUAUAUUCCGGAUUCUGAUUCUGAAUUUUAGAUUCUCAAAUCCUAAACUUGUUCUUGUUUUUAAUUUGGACUUGUGACUUUUGAGUUUACUUGUUAUCAUCGCAAGUGAAUGUUUGGAAACUUGUCUGACACUUAAGUAUAAUAAAUAAAACGGAUAAUGAUCAA